AUGGCGUGGCCCCAGAGCGCGUGUGCCUCCGCUGGCCACGCGCUACCCCCCCGCGCUGGAUCCACGGCCCCUACCCCCUCUCCUCUGCUCCAGGGCGCGCCCACCAUGCACGCCGCCGCCGCCUUUGGGGCCGCUGUCGCGCCCGCCGCGCGGGCCGCCGCCUCCCUCGCCGCGCAGGCCGUUGCGCCCAGGGACUCCGCGCGGGCCACUGCCUCCCUCGACGCCGCAUGGCUUGCAUUCGGGAUGCCCCCCACGGCCGCGCCAUUCGCCGCCAACGCCUUCAGCGGGCAGCCGAUCGCUGCCGGCGCGCCCACCGCGCACGCCGCCGCCGCCUUUGUGGCCACUGUCGCGCCCGCCGCUCGGGCCGCCGCCUCCCUCGCCGCCACGCACGCCGCACAGGCCGUUGCGCCCAGGGACUCCGCGCGGGCCACUGCCUCCCUCGACGCCGCGUGGCUUGCAUUCAGGAUGCCCCCCGCGGCCGCGCCGUUCGCCGCCAACGCCUUCAGCGGGCAGCCGAUCGCCGCCAGUGCUGCUACUGCCGGAGCUGCUCCCCUGUUCGCGCAGUCCUUCAGCGCCAUGGAGCAGACGCCGCCUUUCGGCCACAUUGUUAAGGCCGUCUAG